AUGGGCAAUAUCAUCACCAAGGCCAUCACUGGGCUGCUCGCCUUCAGCUAUGGCCUCUUCACAAUGUUCCUCUAUGGCUACUUGGCCAUCAGAAAGGGCACCUUUUUCAAGAAACGCACCGAGAGGCAGGAUCUGGGGUUGCAGCUUGCUCGCGAUCGCCUGUGGAACCUCUCCAAAGACUACGCCGGCCUUUCCCACUAUUUCCUAACGCUCCAAAGCGGGUUCAAAUUCCAUUUUCUGAGCAAUGCAGCUCCUGGCUCGCCGUCAGUCUUAGCAUCAGACAAGCCCUUGGUCAUUUUUAUCCAUGGAUUCCCCGAUAGUUGGGCUAUCUGGCGGCAUAUCGCCAGCUCGCCAUCUCUGCAGAAUUCCGCCAAUCUCGUUGCCAUUGACCUACCCGGAUACGGUGGCACUGAAAGCCUGGAGAAAUACACAGCCACGGCCGUGUUGGAGACGUUGACUGAGCUUAUCAUCACCCUUCGCACGAAAUAUGGCAUCGAUGAGGGUACCCAGACAAAUAAGAAGCGGGUCAUCAUCGUGGCUCACGACUGGGGAUGUGUACUAUCGAUGCGACUCGCAGCUGAAGCGCCAUCUCUGGCACACCGAUUCAUCCUGUCAAACGGUCCAUUGAUGAGCUUGGUGCAAUCCAACGUUCGCCGCAUACUGGCAUCAGCAUCUAAAAUGUUCAAGACUGCUCUGGGCGCUCCCCUCUCAUCCCGUACCCCAUUACUCCAGGCUCUGCGAACAUUAGGUCCCCUGCUCCGCCAGCUCAAGAUGUCGGGCUAUGUCUUUGCUAUGCAGUUGCCUCCUCCGCUGCCGACUUAUUUCCUGACGGGAGGCAACUACUCCCUCAUGGCAGGUAUUCACAAAGGCUCCCAUGGGCGAGGCGAAUUCACCCCUAGUGAUGAGGGUACCUCCAUGGCCAGUAGCAUGGGCCCGUCCCUGGCCGAGUCGAAGACGCAGACCGCCACCGGCGAGUCAUACCCGACUACGAUCAAGUAUACCCACGACUUCGCCAACGUCAUGAACAUGGCUGGCUAUUACCGCGAUGGAGCAGCCGUGGCGCGAUGGCGAAAGUCUGCCGAGACCGUCGCCAAUCUGCACAGCAUUGCUGGAGGCAGCGAGCUUCGGCGUACCAACAGCGGGGCCGGCUUACUGGACGAAGGUACCCCCGGUGCUCUACAGGCGAGCUCGACCGUGUUCUGGGGCAAGCAGGACAUUGCACUGAGCCCGCAGAUCUGCUUGGAUGGCAUGGCCGAUUAUCUCGUUGCCAACAGCCAGGUCGUGAUGCUUACCGAGUCUGGCCAUUUCACCCCGAUCGAGCAAGAGAGCCGUGUAGCCCUGGUGAAGGCUGUGGAAUGGGCUAUUCAUGGUGAGAAAGGCGAUAUCGGCGCCGUUCUCCAGGAAUGCUAUCCGAGCGCCAAGGUCCUUGCUCGGCGAUAA